CACAAUUAACACCUCUUUUUCAUUCCUUUAGCCAAUUUCAUCAAUCUUUCGUAAGAAACGCUUCAAUCAUGGCCGGAGGAAAGUCCAAGAGCAAGGCCUCCAAGAAGAAGACUGCCGCCGAGGCUACGACCUCUGCGUCUCAACCCUUCCCAUACCUGGACGGCUCGUUUCUUGAGUUCGGGUCAGAAGAGGAACUCACACGCUUCAUCACCCACUUCGCCAAGCGCCCCAUCUCUCCGCCAAGAGUGCUGCCCGAGCUAUACCCUCAACAAAAGGGGUACCACGACCUCGACAAUCAACUCAAAGAGUCGGGUCUGUGGUCGUUCGUCUCCAGAAGCCGUCAAUCCUUCAAACCCGCCUACGUCCGGGAUUUCUACUCAAAUCUCCGCCGGGACGGGGACACCAUUCACAGUAGCAUCAAUCUCUACGACAUAGAGAUUGAUUUGGCUACCUUCACUCGGGUCGCAAGGCUGCCCACCCGCGGUGACGACAUCGCAACAUAUGGAGGCGAUGAUUGGAUCCUCAACAACGAGGCGGUGGUCAUCCGAGAGCUGGGAAUCACCAACCUCGUUCGUCACAGCGGCGCACCAACCAUUCACUCAGCCCCGCCGGAGAAGCGUCUUCUACUCUAUAUCCUCACCCGGAUUCUUCGCCCCCGGGACAGCAGCCACACGUGCCUCUUCAACGAGGAUCUCAAGGCCGUUCAUGCUAUCACCCAUGGCGCCUCAAUCAAUUGGGCAAAAUACGUCAUGAUUCACAUGGCGGAUUGCGCCUCCAUCACCAACGAGCGGAGCUUGCCAUACGCCUUUCUCGUCAUGGACCUCAUCGUAUCCGCCGACAUCCAUAUCGCCGGCCCGGAUACAAAGAUGACGAAGAUUUGGAUCAUCCAAGAUAGCACCUUCCGGAAGAAGUCCGGAGACCAAGACGGCGCCGGACCAAGUCUGGAUGGCAUGGGGCAGUCAAUCGAGCGGAUGGAUUGGACGCUGCAACGUCAACACCAUGACAUGACAGCGUUCUUCCGCGGCAUCAACUACGUCCCGCCGCCCUUUGACAGCACCAUCCUCGGCCAGAAUUAUGAAGGCGAGGACGAGGAGGAUGACUCCUAUGCUCCGUCUUCCUCCCCCGACGAGGCCGACUUUGAGGACGCGGUCGACGGGGAUCCCAUGGACGUCGAGGACGACGAGGAUGACGAGAACGAAGACGAUGACGCCGAGGACGCCGUUGCCUAGACUCUUCUUUUCUUUCCUUUUUCCUACUAUGAUUGCAUUUCUUUUACUUCCAUUCCGUUGUAUUCUGCAUUUUCCCUUAUUUUAAUAAAAGUUCACUUUUAAAUUCUAAAGUUUACUUUAAUUCUUUUUGUUAAUGUCAAAAGGGGGAAGAUAUCAAGGUUAUGCAAAAAAUUGAGGGGGAAUUU